CUCUACAGCUUCUCUGAUACACUGAGAGAAGCGAAAGCAAAAAAUCGGGCGUGUGUUUCUAUUGUAGCGAUAAUUCUGUAAAUAAGAGCGAGACAAAGGUCGAAUUAGAAUCAGAUUCGGGUUUAUAGUCUCUAAAACGAGCAGCGGAUCUUAAAUAUCCUCUACUGGAGAAAACCAGAGGAGACUGAACUCUUUCAGAAGAUCAGAAAACACAGAAAUGCUGUUGUGUGUGCUCGUCGUUUUGCUUUACUCUCAGUUCACUCUGGCCUCAGAUUCUCUGAAGGUGAACAUGGUUGACAGUGUGACAGUGCGACACCUGGGUUCCUCUGUGGUUCUGCCCUGCUGGAUCAGUCCACCGCAGGAUGUUACGGCUAUGGAGGUCCGUUGGUACCGUCAGAAUAAAUUUGGCACUCCGGUUCUGUUAUACCAAAACCAGAAAUUAUCUACAGACAGUUUGGAAAACAGCUACAGGAACAGGAGCUCUCUGACGGUGCGGGAUGCUCAGUCUGCCGGGCUGAAGAGUGGAGACGUGUCUCUGAUGCUGGGAGAUGUGAAGCUCGAAGAUGCAGGGAUAUUUUUCUGCUAUGUGAGCGGUGACAAAGCGUACAACUCCGGGAAUAUGACUCUUCAUGUAGCUGUUCUUGGUUCGUCUCCUGUCCUGUCGCUGCAGCUGGUGGACGGACAGGUGAACGUUACCUGCAGCUCGUGUGGGUGGUACCCACAGCCCACAGUUAAGUGGACAUCUGGAAGCAACACUCCCCUUUAUCUUGGAGGUUCUUUUGACAGGAAAGACACAGAUGGACUGAUCUGUGUCCACAGCUGGGUCCUCCUGUCCCCCUCGGACCAUCACCUCGUCUCCUGCUCGUUCUCCAAUACUGCAGGAGACGAGCGGGGCGGCGCCGUGGACCUUCAGAACAUUACCCAGUUUACAGGCGGCGCUGCAGGACCGUGGAAAGCUCUGUUUGUGGCAGUUUUACUGGCGUUGUUGGCCGCGAUCGCUGUCGGUAUCUUCAUCUACAAGAAAUAUAAAUCAGGAUAUGUACAGACUAAAACAGAUGAAGAAGAUCCUUCUGCAGCCAUCUGUUGUGCAAACAUGGACGCAUUGAGAAAAGAUGCAGUGAACAUCACUUUAAAUCGCUCAAACGUUCAUGCAGAUUUAAAGAUUAAUGUAGAAGGCAAAGUGGUUAGAGAUGGUUGUAAUGCUGCCGAUAACAACAGAGGACCUGGUUUCCCUUACUUCUUAACUGUACCUGGAAUCAACAGCUUCUCCAGCGGCCGUGUUUACUGGGAGGUGGGAUUAACUGUACCUAGUAUAGAGCCCAAGCAGAAGUGGCUGAUUGGAGUGCAGAAAGCUUCUAAUUUCUUAUCUAAUAAUAAGGCUGAUCUUGUUCCAUCAAAAGGGUUUUGGUUUCUUUGCUCAGACGGAGAGAACGGCAUCCACGUCAACACCGAACCCGAACUUUCUCUCCCUAUACGCCCGACGCCUGAGGUUGUCGGGGUUUUAUUAGACUUUGAGAAAGGCGAGCUUUCCUUCUUCAAUGCUAAAGAGAGUAUACAUCUCUUCACCAUUAAACACAAAUUCCAGGGGGAAAUAGAGCCUAUUUUUAACCCAGGAAUCGGAGAUAAGGCUCCUCUUUCUAUCAUUACCAUCAGCCAACCCAGCGCAACCUACAGUAGCCCCAGCCAGCCUGUAGAGGGCGAUGGGCCUGAAGAGAUUCAGAUUAAAUCCAUUAAUGACCUGCAAGAGUCAGAAAAUACAAACGCAAUCAACUAAAAUUUACAUUUUUACCUGAAAAAAGGCAAUUACAGAAUUGAUUAUUUUACUUUUUUUAUUUUAGCAGCGGCAACAUAAGGCAGCAACAUUACGUGAAAAAGUUAAUGGUCUGAGGACUUUCUAUAAGCUCUGUACAGUAAAUUCACUCAUUUAAUUUUUUUUGUUUUAUAGGCAAAGUGUUGCUGUUGAGGAAGAUACGACCCUAAUGAUUAACCAUAGAUCAAUCCAUAUUAUUGGAAAACUUGUACAAUUCAUUAUUGAAAAUAAUAUAGUUAUAAUAUGGCUUUUUAAACCAGUACUCACUAGUGCUUUUAAGCAAUUAAAAAUAAACUAAUUAAUUACAUUCUCUAUGAUUAAUUAAUCUAAUAAGAAAGUAUUUUAAACAGCACAAUUCAAUUUAAUUUUAGGAGAGGAAAUAGUGAACGAAUGAAUAUCUGACACAGACUUCAUCAGUCAUCAGUCAGUAGCUGGUGCUGUAAAUACUGUAAACGAUAUAAUUAUAAAAGACGCUCACACGUGCCAGAGGUCAUUUUCAGGAGAUUUUACACAAGUGAAAUAUACAGAGUAGCGAUUUAAAGAGUACACUCUAAUACAUUUUACAUUAAUAGCUGAAAUAAAUUGCUCUGUGAUAAAAUAUACCAGCCCGGAUUUAAAUGCUUAAAAAUUAAAUGCUAAAAUGAACAGAAUUGAGAUAUUUUACCAUAUUUUGAUCAAAAGUGCCAGUAAAAUAAAACUGGAUGUUCUUUAUUAUUUGUAGUUUAGUUAUUUUCAUUAAUACAGCCUGGCCUGGGGACUUUUAUUAUGAAACCCAAAGUGGGAGAUUGGCCACAACUGGCGAUGCUAACUGUUUUCCAAGUUGAGGUUUUAUUACAGAUGGUGCUGUGCGUUUUUUUUUUUUUUUUGUGCCUGUUUUUUCUGGGUUUAUUUGCCAAGAUUUUAAAGAUUUGCCAUUCAUUUUUUCUAGAAGUGAUACAUAGUGAUAUGUAGUGACAUGUAGUGAUACAGCUUGUUCCACACUCAUGAGUAUGCUGUAAGGCCUCAGCACCCUCAUAUUGGAACCAGAAUAGAUUAAUAAAUUAGUAUGGUUAUCAAUAACAGAUGUUUCAGGCCUGAGGUAAUCAGAUAACUGUGAAUAAUGUUUGUAUUUGGGUUUUGUUUACAUACCGACCUGUAAAAUUAAGUAUAGUUGUUUUUUGUUUGUGUGAAGGGAUGAAGCUACAUUUAGAUAUAUAUGAGUGUAAAAGAUGAGUAAGGGUACUGACCUGAUGCAGGCAGGAAGCACAGGAGUAAUGGUUUAAGAGCUACUACUGUGGGAGACAUAUGAAAGUAUUUUUUUUUUACUUUCUUUUUUACAUUUUCUUUGACUAGUUGAUUAGUUCACUCAGCAAUGUGGAGUAAUGUAAUUUUACUACACAACGUUGGAAAAAUACAUAACUGACGCGGGAUAAUUGAAGGGGAUGGGAGCAGCUACUCGAUUUACACACUGCCAUCACCUCCAAAACAGUGUACUGAAUCCCAAUGUUAUGUAAACCAGUUUUGUAGUAAUACUGAACUAUUAGUUACAGGUAACAGGUAUGUUGGCUACAUAGGCAAAGCUACACAACUUAUGUAAAGCUGUGUUAUCUGGAAAUCAAAUCAGGUUAAUCUGCACCUUAACAGCUGUUUAGCUCAAACAUGGUCAGUGUUUUUGAUUGUCGGACCUCCUUUUGCAGGUCACGGUACGGUUAUUUUGUUCUGAACCCGAGUUUUCACACCUACUAAAACAAACUGCACCAACAGUACAAACUAAACAGAGUCUGAUUUAACCGAUUUCUAAAUAGUACUGAUGUGAAAAUGACCUAAAUGUUAGCUUUAGCACGUGUAUUAGCCAUAUUCUCUCUGCUAUUGCAGAUUGCCUCAAAAGGGGUGUAUGCAAAUAUAGUGAGUUAAGUAUUUGUACUCAUUGUACUUGUACUCAAAAUCGCAAAAGAUACCACUUCAGUUUCUAAAUCAGUUUCUCUGAUUUAUAUGCUGUUAUAUUGCUGUUUAUGUUGUUUAUUCUAUAAACUACAGAUAACAUUUCUCCCAAAUUCCAAAUAAAAAUAUUGUCAUUUAGAGCAUUUAAUUGCAGAAAAUGAGAAAUGUCUGAAAUAACAAAAAAGAUGCAGAACUUUCAGACCUCAAAUAAUGCAAAGAAAACAAGUUCAUAUUCAUAAAGUUUUAAGAGUUCAGAAAUCAAUAUUUGGUGGAAUAACCCUGUUUUUAAUCACAGUUUUCAUGCAUCUCGACAUCUUACACACUGCUUUUUUAUGCCUUUAAUCCUGAUGCAAAAAUUCAAGCAGUUCAGCUUGGUUUGAUGGCUUGUGAUGAUCCAUCUUCCUCUUGAUUAUAUUACAGAGGUUUUCAAUUUGAUAAAAUCAAAGAAACUCAUCAUUUUUAAGUGCUCUCUUUUUUAGUCCCAGAUCCACAGCACAAGAGAGAGAGAGAGAAAGACUAAUAGAGAGAUAGAAAGUGAGAGUGAUAGAGAGAGACAGAGACAGAAAGUGAUAGAAUGAGUUAGGGAGACACACUGGUCUGUACUUUUAAUUCCAAGCAGUUCAGAAAACCGUCUUUAGAGCUUCAAAACUCCUAAAGGACUCCGCCCCCUGGCGUUCGUCCACCUUUACAUCAAACAGUUCAUACAUGUAAAUAAUGCUGAUCUAUCAGGCUUAGGGCUGCCACCCGUCCCGUGAAAUACAGAAUCAUCCUUCAUUCGCCUGUAAAACGCUGUGUCCCAUGUGGUCAUGGCCCAGAGGAGCCGUGGUGGUGUCCCUUAUUUUAAUUUCUGAAAGGUGGCAGGCCAACUCCGGCCCAUUUCAGUGACCAGACUGACCCACCAGCUGACAGUUUUUACUCUUUUUUACUUUUAAAAACUGCUUUUAUAGCUACAGUGCAGUAAAGCUCUAAAACUCUGCACUAACACCGGAUUAAAAAUUUACUGACUCUAAUACUUCCUUUACUUUCUUUUCAUUAUAUUUUUACAUUCACACUCUCAUGUAUUUCUAUCGCUAACAUAACACAGCUUUCUAAUCCAGUUUAACUAAUUGUCCCAAAACAGUAAUAAAAUUCUUGUGUUGUAUUUAAAUUCAUUAAGAGUAAGGUGUGAAAUGUGAAAUAUGAAAUAAUGGUUAAAAGGAGAUUAUUUUACCUGAUUAUUUUAUCUAAGUGUGAUCUUUUUUAUAUACUGUGUGUUUUGUAACUGUGUGUUGACUUAAUAAUAAUAAUAACUAAAACAUGUAGAUUUACUAUUGUUUUAGUAAUUUGAUUUGUGUUUAUGAUUAUAAUUAUGAUUAUGCUGCAUUUUAUUUGUACACUAUUUUACUAAUGUUUGGGGUUUUCAGCUUUAUAGGUAAUUACAAUUACUCAGGUAUGUUUAUGGAUUCAUUAGUGCAGGUAAACAGAGGCCUAGAACUAAACCCUCUGAUUUUAUCUCCACGCUCAGCUCAAAUCUGAUAAAGGCAAAACAUGUGAGGGUUAGUUUGGGAGAGGCACAGAGUGAUGUAUGGGUUUAGGGGUGGGGCAGGAUGGAGAGCUGAUUGGCUGAGCGUGCCUCUGAUAGCAGUGAGAUGCAGAUCACUGGAUGUCAGCACAGGGGCGGGAUUAUUUAUUGACUGAACACAUUUCAGCUAUUAAUGAAAAAAAAAAUGGUUUAUGGUUUUAGUGCCUCUUUAAAAACCUUUGGAAUCUGUUGUUGCUGUUGUUCAGCAUUAGAGUUGAACCAGUGAAAGUAAAAUAAGCUUUUAUUAGCUAUUAAAAAACAAGAAUAAUACCACAGGAAACCUAUGCGUAACCAGCAUUAACUGUGGAAACUAUUGUUAUGAAGAAAAAAGAUUAUUAAUCAGGAAAGUACUGGUAGGCAAAGGAAGACCACUAAUAAAGCCUGAAUGUUUUAGUAAAGUGUAUUCCAGAGUUCACUGUGUUAAUAUUUUAGAAUGUUUUUCAACAUAAUCCUUCUUUCUUUAGGGCACUGUAAUAUUUAAAACAGGCAGUAAUAUGUGUAAUAAAGCGAUCAUGCUUAGUACAUCAUUGCUUAUCUGCAAAGUCUGUAAUGCAGAUAUAUUUAGUUCUUGCUGGAUUCGGGGGCCUUGUUCCAAUAUGUUUUUAGUUUAGUCUAAAUUUUUUAUUUUAUGGUUUAAAAAAUGUUUGAGAUGAUAAUCCUGCUGUAAAAUUAAACCCCUCCCGGUGAGUUUGCAGGAAUUUACUGGAACUAGAGCAGAUAGGAUGCUUCAGUAUACCUCAGAGUUCAGUGUGGUUCUGCCUUUAGCAGCUACAUCAUCAGUACAGCUCAGUGCACCAGUGCCAUACAUGACCCGCCACCACCAUGUUUCACAGAUGAGGUGGUGCGCUUACCGUAGGAAGUCCACAUUUUGCUCUUGCCAUCUUCAUUUUCAUGUUUCUUUAGGCUCCUUUAAAAUCUUUUGUAAAUGCAUUCUGGCCAUUCUGCCUUCAGUAGGGAAGUUCUUCCUUGACCCACCAGUCUCUUUGAGAUUAAUGAAAUCACAAGUGUUUAUUUCUUCUCAAUUAUAUGACAUUAAGAUUUUGGUAAUCCCAAACUUAGAUCAAUGCCUCUAAUGGUUAUAUUCAUGAUUUUCAGCCUCAUUAUUCAAACUUGCAUUCAUGUUGAACAAUGGAAACUCCAGAUUAUAGAAAAAAUGUGUUUGUAAGCUUGGAAAGCACUAAUGAAUGAGUAAUCAAAAACACUUAUGAAGCUAAACGUCCCAAACAUGAAAUGAAGUGGACUGUACCGUAUUAUUCGCACUAUAAUUAUAUUAUGUGAUACUAGUAAGGAACAGGGGUGUUGCCAUGUUUUGCUUCUAAUUCAGCAGGUCUUAUAAUUCAGCAUUCUAAUACUGCUGGAGAACUAAUCUAAAACUCCUGUAUAACUCUGUAAUCCAGCAGAGUGGCGUUACUGCUCCUUAACACCUGACUGGUAGAAUUCAUACGUAAGACGCACUGUCAAUUUUGGGGAUAAUUAAAGGAUUUUAAGAGUCAGGAUUUUUAGUCUGUUUAGUGAGAAGAUUUGAGUGUGUACUACACGUUCUACCAACUAUGUGUAAUCAUGUUCUUAAUUUUGUUAUUGUAAGUAUAAAAUGUCAUUUAAUCUAAUAUCGUAUUUUAGUUUAAUUGUUGAAUAAAGUUUAUUAUACCA